AUGGCCAACACCCUCGAGGAACUGAACGGACGUCGCCACUUUGACUACAUUGUGAUUGGCUGUGGUGGUAUUGGCAGUGGCGCCGUCUACUGGCUAUCCAAAAGAGCGGGACCUAACGUGCUAGGUCUGGAGAGGUUUCAGCUGGGACACGAGAACGGGGGAUCCCAGGAUGUGUCCAGAAUCAUCCGACUAACGUACUCCAAGGAGUGCUACACUAAGUUGACACCGUACACAUUCACAGCAUGGCGUGAGGUGGAGGACGAGUCCGGCAUGCAACUGGUCUACAAGUCUGGCGGGCUCAAUCUUGCAGACAAGGGAGUCACAGACUACAUACUGGAGCCUUAUGAGGAAGCAAUGAUUACAAACAACAUCCCUUACGAAAAAUGGGACAACCAACAGUUGAUGGAGCACUAUCCACAGUUUACAGUCGGCCCAGAAGUUGUUGCCCUAUAUCAGAAAGAUGCAGGCAUUGUGGAUGCUGCCCUGGGCAACUCUCUUCACAUUCAACUGGCUCAAGGCAGGGGUGCCAAGGUUCUUGACAACUGUCCUGUUAGUCGGGUGGCUAGAGCUUUAAAUGGACUCAUUGAGGUAAACACACCCCACGGUACAUUCACCUGUAAGAGAGUCAUCGUUGCUGCCGGAGCCUGGAUCAAUCACGUGAUUGGCUCCAUAGGCUGUCACGUGCCUGUUUACGUCACAGAGGAAAACGUCACCUAUUUCGGCUCACCACACGUGAAAGAGUUCACAAAAGACAAAUUUCCCAUAUUCAUCUACCACCAAGAGCAGAACGACAUCUACGCCCUACCCGUGCACGGCAUCAGUGGCACCAAGAUUGGUAUCGAUGCUGCUGGGCCGGUUGUUACCGGCGAUACCCGGUCUUGGAAACCAGAUCCUGUGAGGAUGGAACGUCUGAGAGAGUUCUUGCAGAAAACAUGUCCCAAGUUUUUAGGUCCAGUACUAAAGGCAAAGACGUGCCUCUACACGAUGACCCCUGACCGGGAUUUUCUGGUGGACUCCUGCUCCAAGGCGGGAUUUCCCGAUGUCUUCGUGUGUUGUGGGGCCGGACACGCCUAUAAAUUCGCGAGCCUAUUGGGUCAGAUCCUGAGUGAGCUGGCAAUUGAUGGGAGAACUCAGCAUGAUAUAUCUGCCUUCUCUUGGGACAGGGAGGGGCUGACUGAUCCUUAUUUCAAACCUGUUUUCACCAUGGGCUCGGAGAAGAAGAGCAAGCUAUAA